AUGUUGGGGGGCGAGGGAAGGAAGGGAAGAGGCUCGGCCGACCAGCGAGAUGAGCAACCAAACCCGUUUACCCGGGCUUUGUCUCCAGAUAUUUAUUGUUAUGAUCACAUAUGUAUUGGUCGAUUUGGCGGUCGUAUUGCGUCCAUCCAAUCCUCCAAACAAUUAAUGUUUAUUUCGGUACAUUCCCCCGUCCGAACGGUCCCUAAUCAAUAAUUCUUAGCGCUCUUAUUACAACGAGAACUUUUAUAAUCAAUUAUCUUAAUUAUUUUAAGAGCCGGAGGGUAUUCAAACAACAAGAUCUGGCGUUUAUGAAUCCAAAUCUGGCUUUUCUCCUAUAAGAAGCUGAAUCCGGGUUCAAAGCAGGAGGUAAGCAAAUGAUUUUUGAUGAUGGAUGUUUUAAUUUCCAUUUAAUCUGUCAGUUCUUUUUCCAGAAGUGGUCUAGUAUUUAUAAGCAACUUACUCUCUGAGUUUGACCUUUAAUUUGUACCAUACGCGGCUGAAUGUUAAUUUAAUUUUUAUUCCUUUGAAAAAUAGCUAGCAAUAAGUAAGACGUUGCUAUCGUUUCACAUUGCAUUGUCUUUUCGAUUAUUAAAGAAUGUCAUUCUAAACUUAUUAGCCGGAUCUAUGCAUUUCCAAACAGAAUGCCAAAACCCGCGAAGUUCAAAGUUUUUUGGUUUUCGUUGCAAAGUUUUCCGAACGAAGUUUUUCCGAAGUAAAAUAAAUUCUUUUAUCUAUAAAAAUUGUGGUGAGUCUUGACGUUUUAGCCUCUGGGUUUGUUAUAUGUUUGUAACUUAGUUUAUCGUCUAUAUUACACUUUCUUACGGAUGCAUUGUUUCGUUAUUUAGCCCUUUGUCGGUAACAACAAAAUUGAUAUUUCUAUCACGUUUCUUUUGUUAGACUAGUCACUUUUUCAUCUUUCAAUAAUUAUGUUUGUAGGGAACGAUGAAUAAGGAGUUAUUUUCCAAGGAAGGGAGGAGCCUUACAGUAAGUGUCGCGUUACCAAGUGGAGAGCCAGACCGAGAGCUUGAAUUGCAAUAUGCAGAUGGACGAAUAAUUGGAAACGGAUCCUUUGGUGUGGUCUACAUGGCCAAAGUGGUCAAUACGAAUGAACAUGUUGCUAUUAAAAAGGUUUUGCAAGAUAAACGGUUCAAGGUAAGUCUGUUAUGAUACCCAUAUCAUGGGUUUUAGAAUCGAGAGCUUCAAAUAAUGCGCCGAUUGAAUCAUCAGAAUGUUGUCAAGCUCAAAUAUUUUUUUUAUACGACCGGUGAUAAAGUAUGUUGAGUUUGUUAUUUCCGAAUACAAAUUGGAUUUUAGAAAGACGAUUUAUUCUUAAAUCUGAUACUGGAAUACAUUCCCGAGACAGUUUAUCGGGUAUCGCGACACUUCAACAAACAAAGACAGAAUAUUCCAAUGAUCUAUGUAAAGGUAAGCAUCUUUUGUUAAUAUUAUUUGUUUUUUAGACAUACAUGUACCAAGUAUUCCGUGCAUUAGCCUAUAUCCACAGUUUGGGCAUCUGUCAUAGAGAUAUUAAACCGCAGAAUCUGCUUCUCAACUCAAAGACCAGUGUUGUUAAACUGUGCGAUUUCGGGUCGGCCAAAGUUUUGACUCCCGGCGAGCCGAACGUCGCAUAUAUCUGUUCGCGGUAUUAUAGAGCACCUGAACUUAUAUUCGGCGCCACUGAUUACACUACAAGUAUUGGUAAGUUUUGUCCGUUGAUUUGCGGGUUUCUUUGCAGAUUGUACUAAUCUACCCUAAUUUAGAUGUUUGGUCGGCGGGAACAGUACUGGCCGAGUUACUACUGGGCCAACCAUUCUUCCCUGGUGAUUCUGGAGUGGAUCAGCUAGUUGAGAUCAUCAAAGUUCUUGGAACACCCACUCGGGAAGAGAUUAACAAGAUGAAUCCGAACUACACCACGUUCAGGUUCCCGUCAAUUCGGCCUCAUCCAUGGCAAAGGGUAAGGGUAAAGAAGCAAUAUCAGUCUUUUUCUGUUAGGUUUUCCGUCCUAGAACUCCAAAUGAAGCCACUGAUUUGGUCUCAAAGAUCUUGAAAUACACUCCGACAAGCAGACUGACGCCUCUCGAAGCGAUGGCCCAUGAAUUCUUCGAUGAGUUGAGACAACCUGGUUGUGUUCUGCCAACGAAGACGUCACUCCCGCCUCUCUUUGACUUCACGGAGGACGAAUUACAAUACAUCGGCGAACUGAAGGAGAAACUGCUACCAAAUACGAACGGCGAAACAUCGAGCACGCCUUCAACAUCAGAGGUCAUCCAGAAGGGGGGAGAAGCCUGA